AUGUCCAACAGCAGCUCCAUCACCCAGUUCCUCCUCCUGGCAUUCGCAGACACACGGGAGCUGCAGCUCUUGCACUUCUGGCUCUUCCUGGGCAUCUACCUGGCUGCCCUCCUGGGCAACGGCCUCAUCAUCACCACCAUUGCCUGUGACCACCAUCUCCACACCCCCAUGUACUUCUUCCUCCUCAACCUCUCUGUUCUCGACCUGGGAUCCAUCUCCACCACUGUACCAAAAUCCAUGGUCAAUUCCCUCUGGGAGAAAAGGACCAUCUCCUACUCAGGAUGUGUUUCACAAGUCUUUCUGUUUGCCUUAUUCAUUGUAGCAGAGUUUUCUCUUCUCACCAUCAUGUCCUACGACCGCUACGUUGCCAUCUGCAAA